GAGGGGUCCUGAUGAUCCCUCCCGUAAACACGUGUGCAGCUGCUGUAACCAUGGCGGACCUACAGAUGAAACUACUGCGCAAGAAAAUCCAGAAAAGAAACGAAAAAACUAAAGAGAGAAAACUGUUAAAGAAGCGGAAAGAAGAAGAAGAGGAGGAGGAGACAGGUAGGUUUUAUUAAAAUACAAAUAAACUCUUUUAUUUAGUUGUUACAUGUUUUUAUGAAGAGGUUAAGAACCCAACAUGCCAAGCUAGCUUCAUUUAGCUCAUCACGGCAUGAUCUCAAAGUAAUGAUUAAUCGAUUCAGCGCAGAUCAAACGUUUAAGUCUAGACAAACAUUAGCUGAUCGUUGUUAUUAACCCGAGACUGUUGUUUGUUUCUGUUCCGUCAAAUUACUGAGUUUUACGAGAGUUUGGUAAACAUUUAGCCAGUUAGCACUGAUACACAGUCAGAUUUACAAAUUUAUGCUUUAAUCUGACACUCAGCCAAACUAAGCUAAAGUCUGGCCAUCUGUAUCAAACCAAAACAUAAUAAUGUAUUUUAUUCAUCAGAUCUUAUUCCCUGUUGUUUAAUCCUGUGUCACAUGUCUGACUGUGUUUGACAGUGGGCUCUAACGGGUUAAAUGAAGAAUCCUCUGAGGACACAGACUCUGUUAACAAGACAGAAAACCAGCCCACUGAAGAACCAGCUGAGGAGACCACAACAGCAGAAGAAACAACACUGAAGAAGAAGAAGAAAAAGAAAAGAAAACUCACCAACACCAACGAAUCACCAGGUAACAAAGAGAGACUUCCACAAAUAUGAAUUCGAACAUCUGCAGAUUUGUUUACUGAUGGAAAUUAAAACAUUUUAAACUUUUAUUACAGCUGAAAAGAAAACCAAAACAGGUGAAGACGACGAAGAAGAGGAGGGAACAACUGUAGCAGACGAUGUCACUGAUAAACCAGAGGAGGAUGAAGAGGAAGAAGAUAAAGAUGAGGAAGAGGAAGAUCUACCUGAAUUACCAUCUGGACUCACAGGUACUGAAGACGUGAAUGACGGUUUGAAUUUGUAUGAGUGGUUGUCCCGCAGAUAAAUGUGAUUCUAGGUCAGUAAACUAUUAAAAAAGCUGUGCAAUUAUAGUGUUCAAUAUUCUGCUACCUGCUGGAAGAGAGGAGGUGAGUUGUGUUUAGUCUCUUUGCUAAAGAAAUGAGUCAAAGUUAAAAAGAUGUUUGGUGGCUAGUACUAUGGCUGGGACCCUAUAUGUCCUGUUGAUGAAGUUAGGUGCUGUUCUGAGCAUUAUUUGUGGCUAUAGAGUGGCGUUUUGGUUUAGCGCGUGGCUCUCUGUAUUGCUAUCCUGCGGUCGUUACUAAAGUUGGAAUAACUAGAGAAGCAAGCAGUCGGCAACAUUCAUCUCUCGACGGGGUGUCUAACUCAGUGUUAUUGUGUGUUUGACCUUAACUUAAUUUUACACCGGAAUAUCCCUUUUAAAGAAGCUAAAAUAACACUACUUUUGUGUUGCCUUUAUGUGUUGCCCUUUCAGUGUGUCCAUCAUGAAACGGGUGUCAGCUAAGGCAAACAGAAUGACUUGUUGUUGUCUUUUGGGGAUCGACAGUGACUCUCCUGACAGGUUCAACUACAAGGACACGCUCCGUUUUAAACCAAACUGUCAUCUUUUCACUGUAGUUUAAUUAUCCUCAUAAUGACCUCUCUUUAAUCUGAAUCUAAUUACUGGGAAGUUUUGCACCAAUCAGUUCCUGUUAAAUCGUUUUCAGGAGCGUUUGAGGACACGUCGUUCGCCUCUCUUGCCGAGCUGGUGAGCGAGAACACGCUGAAAGCCGUGAAGGACAUGGGGUUCGAACACAUGACUGAGAUCCAGCAUAAAAGUAUCCGCCCCCUCCUGGAGGGAAGGUGAGACCAGAACUGUCUCUUUAAAAAACUCUUUGUAACUGUCAUACUUUGUAACUUUUGAUAUUCAGAAUCGUCUCUUAAUAUUUUGUAGGGAUGUUCUGGCCGCUGCAAAGACAGGGAGCGGUAAAACUCUGGCCUUCCUCAUCCCGUCUAUAGAGCUCAUCUACAAACUCAAGUUCAUGCCCAGGAAUGGUAAGACUCUGAUUAUUCUCCAGACACCGUUUUCUCUUUCAGUGAAAUAAUGAAAUAAACUCUGUGAAAUCCUCUGAGUCUGAUCUCCUCCUCCUCCUCUUCCUGUCAGGUACCGGCGUGGUGAUCCUGUCGCCCACUCGUGAGUUGGCAAUGCAGACAUAUGGCGUGAUGAAGGAGCUGAUGGCACACCACGUGCACACCUACGGUCUGAUCAUGGGCGGCAGCAACCGCUCUGCUGAGGCUCAAAAACUCGCCAACGGAGUCAACAUCCUGGUGGCCACACCUGGCCGUCUGCUCGACCACUUACAGGUGAGAAUAGCUUCACCUUAUUUGGGUUCUCAAAGAUAAAAACUACAGAUCCCGUUUUACUUCUGCACUCUCACUGUUUGUGGUUUCACUGCUUGUUUUCAUUAUGUAGACAGACACGCUCUAACGCUGAAACGUUGUGCUUUCAGAAUACUCCUGGCUUCAUGUUUAAGAACCUGCAGUGUCUGAUUAUCGAUGAAGCCGAUCGUAUCCUGGAGGUGGGCUUCGAGGAGGAGCUGAAACAGAUCAUCAAACUGCUGCCCAGUAUGUUUCUGAUCUUCGUCUCCCUGACCUUAUGCUUCAAAAACACAUCUCUAUCUAUCUCCAGUUUCUAGAUCCAGCUCUCCAAAACCUGUAGUAAUAUUAUCUUCCUUUGUCUCCUCCAGAGAAGAGACAGACGAUGCUGUUUUCAGCCACUCAGACCCGUAAGGUGGAGGACUUGGCUCGGAUCUCCCUGAAGAAGGAGCCUCUGUAUGUGGGUGUGGAUGAUAACAAGGACAAUGCCACCGUGGACGGUCUGGAGCAGGUCAGCUUCAUUUGUCAGAUUUAUCAACUUUAACCUGAAGAUCUUUCAGCUCUGAAGGCGUGUGAAACGUACAUGAACUGAUCCGUUUCCUGUUUCAGGGUUAUGUGGUGUGUCCGUCAGAGAAACGCUUCCUGCUGCUCUUCACUUUCCUGAAGAAGAACCGAAAGAAGAAGCUGAUGGUCUUCUUCUCCUCCUGCAUGUCGGUGAAAUAUCACUAUGAGCUCCUCAACUACAUCGACCUUCCUGUGAUGGCCAUCCAUGUAAGACACCUCAACAAGGGUUCAGCAGAUUUUAUGUUUCCGUCAAAAUGCAGAUACAGUUUAUGAAGCAUUGACAGUCUGCAAACAAGAGGAAAAAAGAUUAGAUGAUUUAAGUUUGUCAAAAUGUUGCCUCAAAUUGAUAAAAUAAAGGGUGAUUUGUUGACAGUGGGCACCAAUGUUUGUGAGGUGGUGAAUGUGGUGAAUGGCAACCCUGAAAAUGUGCAGGAGCCCACCCUGUAUUGACGUAUAUUUGUAAGCACUUCAAACAAGAAGCAGCGUUCUCCUCUGAGAUGCUGCAGAGCCAGCUGCCGUAAAUUUGAACCUUCUCUCUUUCCGUCUUUCAGGGUAAACAGAAGCAGACCAAACGUACCACCACCUUCUUCCAGUUCUGCAACGCUGACUCUGGGAUCCUGCUGUGUACCGACGUGGCCGCUCGAGGACUCGACAUCCCUGAGGUGGACUGGAUCGUCCAGUAUGACCCUCCAGAUGAUCCCAAGGUAUCAACACUAUGCCUUAAGUGACUUGGUUAAUAUGGAUUUCGCUGCUGGAUUUCAGUCAAACUCGUACAGAAUUCACUGCAAGUCUUGACUUUUGCAUCCACAGGAGUACAUCCACAGGGUUGGCCGAACAGCCAGAGGCAUCAACGGCAGAGGCCACGCCCUCCUCAUCCUCCGACCAGAGGAGCUCGGCUUCCUUCGAUUCCUUAAACAGGCCAAGGUAGAUGACACGAUGGAUUUUCCUUCUUUUCCCUGUCUUUGCAGCGCUUGAUAUCGACUUGAAAGUUAAUUUGAGAUGAGUCUGGCUUCUCUUCACAUUUCUCUUUCUUCAUAUUUUUAAGGUCCCGUUGAGCGAGUUUGAAUUUUCCUGGAGUAAAGUCUCUGAUAUCCAGUCUCAGGUAUGAAAUCCACUCUACCUGUUAAUAUUCAGAGAUGUCUGUGAGAGCGUAUGUCUCAUUCGUACCUGUUUGUUGUUCCUCAGCUGGAGAAGCUGAUCGAGAAGAACUACUAUCUCCACAAGUCGGCUCAGGAAGCCUACAAGUCCUACGUGAGGGCUUACGACUCCCACUCGCUCAAACAGAUCUACAGCGUCAACACUCUCAACCUCCCCAUGGUGGCGCUGUCAUUCGGCUUCAAAGUUCCUCCAUAUGUGGAUCUGAGUAUCCUUUACCUGUGUGUCUACAGAACCAGAGUCUUAAGGGUCAUAUAUAAUUUUACUCUCCAAACUCUGAAACUAACUGUCCUGUUUAUAUUUUAUUUCUUUAACCCUACAAAUGGAUUAGUUGAAUAUAAUUGGUUAAUUUUGAUGUACGAUUUCAGUCACCACAGUUGUUUCCUUGACUGAAUCUCCUCUCCAGACGUCCACAGCAGUAAAGGUGUGAAGAUGCAGAAGCGAGGAGGCGGAGGCGGUUUUGGAUACCAGAAGUCAAACUUCCACAAAUCCAAAGUCUUCAAACACGUGAACAAAGGAAAAGGCGACAAGAGGCAAUUUUCCCGUUGAAACGUUAGGAAAUCUAACUCCUCCUGGACUGAUUGAUCCUCUGAACCUGCUCCGAUCAUGUAUAGACCCUUUUUUCAGCCUGUGAGAUGUUUAAAUGUUUCCUGUAAAUGUCAAACAAUGUUGAGAUCUCCACUGACCUCUCUCCAACUUUCCAUAAUCUCAUUUAUUAAUUCCCUCUGAUAUUAAAUCUAUAUUAACUUUGAGCCCGUAGAGUCUGCUUUAUUUGAAAAAUUUUCAUGAGUACUACCCGUAGACUGUAUAUACUAUGGACAACUUGGUUCCACCUUCCACCAGUACAUGGAUUUGAAGCCAAAAAAAGCUCUCGGUAAUUCUGGGAUUUCUCUCCAUUUCCUGAAACCACCACUUGUGCAGUAGCAUUGUACACAUUCGGAGGGAGAGUCGCUGUGAUGACGCUCGACUCAAACAGCGUAUCCUCUGGGUGAGCUACGCAAUCUUUGUAUGCUCAUAGGCUGUGUCAGGUGUCAAUCAAAGAAAACAUGAACCACCUAAUAACUUUUAAAAAUAGAGCUGUACAGAAAAAAGAGGACUUGAGCACAAACCAGUCUGACAGUAACUACAUGUCAACAUUACAACCAGGGGGAGAAACAUUUAUAUUCUGUGUCAUUAAUUUAUAGUUUGUCUACAGCUCCAUAAACUAUACUGCAGCCUGUCACCAGAGGGUGCUAUUGCAGAUAGCAGUGGCUUCACCUAGCAAGGAGGCAGACGGCCUCCAUUCUAUAUACAGUCUAUGGCAGUGGUUCUCAAGUCCAGUCCUCGAGGCCCACUGUCCUGCAUGUUUUGGAUGUUUCCCUGCUCCAGCACACCUGAUCAAAUGAUUAGCUUGUUAGUAAGCCAUUACAGAGCUUGAUAACGAGCUAAUCAUUUGAGUCAAGUGGGUUGGAGCAGGGAAACAUCCAAAACAUGCAGGAUGGGGGGGCUCGAGGACUGGAUUUGCGAACUACUGAUCUAUGGUACUACCCAACCACCCCUGUCCUCAGGGGUGAUCCCCACUGUCAACCCACCACUGAAACAAUUACAUUGAAUUUUUUCCAAAUAAUUCAAAUUCACAAAAUGCAAGACACAGUCAUCUAAUGUAAACACUGCGAUAUGUUCUCUUUUAGAUAACACAUGAACAAACCCUAAUUUUCUGUGCCCAUAUGGUAUGCUUAGUAUUUUUUGUUUCUUGACCUGCCGUUUGCCUAGUCAUCCCCUCUGUUUAUUUUUGUUUGCUGCUUCCUCGUCCACUUCACUAUUCAAUACAACAUCGUGUUUCUGUACGUCUCAUUUCUGUACAUUUUUCAUAAAAAUAUUUAAAAAAUAAAAAGACUGUCAA